GAGCGCCCUGGAACACAGGACAAUCAUUCAAAGCUCUGACGCCGCGCGGGUGAUGAUUUGCUUAUUUGGAGCAGGAGGGCGUCCGGAGCGGGUACUGUGAACUGCCUUACCAUGAUGUUGCCUGAAUGAUAAAGAAAUAGACGGAAGACACGGGGCAAUUAAGACUCACACACACAUUGAAGGCAGGUGGGAGAGUCACACCUCAUGCGUGGGCUCCAAGGUGGUUGGAGGCAUAGAGGAUACGUCUACCAUGGGCAUGCUCCAACUCCACAACCCCACCCACCCCAGUACACUCCUGCAGAGGGCCAAUGAGAUGCGUCUGACAGGCACGCUCUGUGAUGUCAUCAUCACCGUGGAUGGCCAGGAGUUCCCGGCUCACCGCUCCAUCCUAGCCUGCACCAGCAAGAUGUUUGAGAUCCUCUUCCACCGUAGCAGCCUGCGCUACGCUCUGGACUUCCUGUCGCCCAAGACCUUCCAGCAGAUCUUAGAGUACGCAUACACGGCCUCCCUGCAGGCCACCGUGGAAGACCUGGAUGAUUUGCUGUACGCUGCUGAGAUCCUGGAGAUCGAGUAUCUGGAGGAACAGUGCCUGAAGGUGUUGGAGACCAUCCAGUCAGAGGAGAACCAGGAACCGGGAGGCAGGAACCAGAUCCCGGGUGAGGGCGACCACAGCAGGGCCAGACACUGGAGGAACAUGCUGAACUCCAAGAAGCAUUCCAAACAGGAGAAAGACUGCAGCCCGUCGGGGCCGUACCUGACGCUUUACCACAUGGCCGAGCCGGCUUCCCCCGGUUCAGAUCCCCCAGGAACAGGCUCCACACGGCAGGAUGCAGAGGCCAGCCGGGAGGGCAGCGAGCUCUCCCAGCAGAAGAGCUUCGAUCUAGGCCGCAGUCCCUCCUCUACCCUGACCAAGAGCAUUAAGACCGAGGACAUGCAGGUGGACGAGGCCAACAGCUACGGAAGCAGAUCCUCCAGAGAUGGAGAAGGGGGCUUCGAGUCCGACCAGCCCAGAGAGCAGAGCCCCGGGACCCCCCUCAGAGGCAGCGUGAUCACCAGCGCCCGAGAGCUCCACUCGGGUCAGGAGGAGGGAGUCCCGUCGGCAGGCAGUGCCCUGGAGAGCCUCCCAGGCCUGGCCGAGAAACACCUGGCCUCGCUCUACUCCAUGGCCCCCAAUCACAUAGGGGAGGGGAUGGUGCCGGUGCCCGUCUCCAUGUCCCCAUCCCUGGCCAUGUCCCUGGACAUGAGGGCCUAUGGCGGUCUGCUGCCCCAGGGCCUGCUCCACAGGGAGCUGCUCAGCAGGCUGGGCCAGUUUGCAGCGGGGAUGAGGCGCGAGGGGCAGGCCGAGGCCCAGCCCUGCGGAGACUGUGGCCUGCAGCUGCACAGCAGGGAGGCCAUGGAGCAACACAGGUUGCUGCACAGCGGCGAGAGCGGCCAUGCCUGUGAAUACUGUGGGAAAUGCUUCAUGGACAGUGUGCGGCUCAGGAUGCACAUGCUGUCCCACACAGCUGGAGCAGAGGCUCUUGUGUGCGAUCAGUGCGGAGCCACGUUCUCUGCCGAGGACGCACUGGAGGCCCACAGACAGACACACACAGGGACAGACAUGGCGGUGUUCUGUCUGCUGUGUGCAAAGCGGUUCCCGGCCCAGAAGGCCUUGCAGCAGCACAUGGAGGUCCAUGCAGGCAUGCACAGCUACAUCUGCAGCCACUGUGACAGGCCCUUCCCCAGCCACACCACGCUGAAACGCCACCUGCGUUCACACACAGGUGACCACCCGUUUGAGUGUGAGUUCUGUGGGAGCUGUUUCCGCGAUGACGGCACGCUGAGGGGCCACAAGCGAAUCCACACCGGGGAGAAGCCGUACGAGUGUAACGGCUGUGGAAAGAGGUUCAGCCUCAAACACCAGCUGGAGACACACUACCGAGUACACACUGGUGAGAAGCCGUUUGAGUGUAAGCUGUGUCACCAACGGUCACGUGACUACUCUGCCAUGAUCAAACACCUGCGAACGCACAACGGAGCCUCCCCGUACCAGUGCACCGUGUGCCAGGACUUCUGCCCCAGUCUGGCUGCCAUGCAGAAGCACAUCAAGGGCCACAGGCCUGAGGAGGUACCUUCAGACUGGCGCAUCGAGAAGACUUAUCUAUACGUCUGCUACGUCUGAGCGGGACUUGGACAACUUUAUAUACACACACACACACACACACACGCACACGGAAAUGUGUACACUCUUUGUCGCACACACACACCCACAGUU